AUGUUCUGGGUUAAGUUGUGUCUUUUGGCUUUUAAUGCUGAUCUACCAAGAGAUCCAGUUCUACCAUUCUGGAGAUGCUGGCUUGCCGAUCAAAUUGGAUUAGCAUCUCGCUUGGCUUUAUCGGCCGCUGCAGUGCGUUUUGUACAGUUACCAAAAUCAAAAGAUUUACAUGGCAUGACAUUCCUCCAUUGA